AAAACCAAUCUUUAUGUAUGGCUACAACCAAUACAUCCACAAGUAAUCCAACAGAAAUUCAUGAAGGAUCAGAGCUCAAUAUAAAUUCACCACUCGUAAUCGCGAUUAUUGCGAUUAUGGUUAUAGUACUAAUAAUUGGUGUGAUCGUUAUCGUAUUUUUCAUUUUACGUUAUAAAAAUAAGUCAGCUUCACCCUCUUCAAAAGCUCGAGGUUUAAGAAAGUUUAGAAUUGGUUCUGAAGCACGUGAUGAUGGACAUACACAUAAAAAACGAGAUUCAGAUGUUAUACUUGAUCUUGAAGGAAAAGAAGAAUCAUUUGAGGAAUCUUACGCUGAAGGGGCAGUCGGUCACCAACAACAUCAAAUGGGUGGAAGGUCUAUGCCUGUCAGAUCACAAACCAUAUAUGGAACUCAACCGCCGUCGACUUCGACGAUUGAUUUGCAAUCUUCAACUAUACAA